AUGCCCGAACUGGGUGUAUCCAGCGGCGAUGACGGCCUACGACGUCAGCUACGCCAGGCCGAGGCGGAGGCGAGCCACUGGAGCCAGCAGUGGACCCAGCUUCGGCGCCAGUACGACGACAUAAGCGAGAAAUACAACCAUCUCCAGCGCGUCAUCACCGCCCAGAGACCUGUCCUCGACGAGUUAGUGGCGCAAACCACCGCUUUGGUCGGUGAGUUUGUCGACGAUGAAGCCAUGGAACGGCUUGAUGCAGGCAUCAAGCGGCUAUUCACCAUGAACUACCGUGAUCACGACCACGAGGCCCCACCCGACGCCCAUGACAUCGAUAGCCACCGACUCCGGCUCUACCACGCCUACUUGAGUUUAUACCAGGACUACCAACGCCUAGCCGCCGACACCAGGCCGAGAGGGUUCUCGCGGGACUCAGUUCUCCGGUUUUUGCUACGUCUUGUCAACCAAGGCCAGCUGGUGGCUGAGGUGGCGAAGUUCCUCGAAAAUGCCGGUAGCAAGGGGGAAUUGACCCCAGCAGAGGUGGAAGAGCUUAAGCUGGUGUUGGAAAACGGAACCAGUACUCGUGCCCGGCUGUCGGCGCUCGAUUGGCUCCCUGAAGCGAUCGCGUCUGCGUCCACCGCCAACAACUCCUAUAUCGAUUCCAAGGAUUCGCAGUCGACGGUAUACGCUGCUGACGAUGACCACAACUUCCUCAAAGCCCAGGUGGAGACGCUCACGGCCCAGCUUAGCCAGCUCAAUCACCACCACGCCCACUGUGACGACCACCACCAACAAUGGAAAACCACCACCGACACCCUCACCAAAGAGAACGCUGACCUUCGCCAGCAGAUCCACCAGCUUCAACUCCAACAGUCUUCGGAUGAUGCCGUUAAACGCGAAAACGCUCGCCUCUGGCAGGAACAACGCGAGCUUGUGGCGCAGAUUCGCGAACUAUCGGCGCCGAGAGCGUCGGAAGUGUCGGAAUUGGUGGCGGCGCACGCCGAGCUUGCUCGGCUUGAACGUCGCCAGCGCCGGCUCGUGGUGACAACGAUUCGCCGCCAGCGCACGUUCGCCCGCGCCGUCGCCGGGCGGAGCAUGGAGAUGCUUCGCCAGGGCGUAAGCUACGACCCCCAGCGGCAGCGGCUGCCGCUAACCUUCCGCACAGUAGCGCUCUUGGUGGUAGCGGCGGUGCGCCUUCGACGCCACGGCGACCACCGACGUCGUGACCAGGCGGAGAUCGCCGCCGUCGACGGCGCCCUCGAUCAGCAGCGCCAGCGCGUCGCUGAUUUGGAACGGGUGGCGCGGCGGUAA